AUGAGCACCACCCAGAGCACACCCGCCCACGUAACAGUCCUUGUCAUCGGCGGUGGCCCCGCCGGGAGCUACACCGCUUCGGUAUUGGCCAGGGAAGGCAUCGACGUCGUGGUGCUCGAGGCGGACAAGUUCCCCAGGUACCAUGUCGGCGAGAGCAUGCUACCCUCCCUGCGCCAUUUCCUCCGAUUCAUCGACGCGGAGGACAAAGUCGAAAAACAUGGUUUCCAGAAAAAGCCCGGCGCUGCGAUUUCGUUGAAUCAAUGGAAGCGGGAGGGGUACACCAACUUCGGCAUCGGCAACCACUCCUGGAACGUCGAACGCGCUGAACUGGACGAGAUCCUCCUGCGCCAUGCACAGGAAUGCGGCGCCCAGGUCUUCGAGGAGCACAAAGUCCUCUCGCUCGGCUUCCGCGCCGACACGCGUCCGAUCAGCGCGACGUUCAGCGACCCCACGGGCCAGCCGCGCACGAUCACGUUCGACUACCUCGUCGACGCGUCCGGCCGCGCCGGCAUGCUCUCGACGCGCUACCUCCGCAACCGACAUAUGAAUAAGAACCUCAAGAACGUCGCCUGCUGGGGAUAUUGGACGGGCGCGAACAUGUAUAGCCCCGGUACAGAGCGCGCGAAUUCGCCGUGGUUUGAGGCGCUGACAGGUACUCUUCAUAUGCGAGCACCGCGCCGCGCAUAUAUCUAUGCUAACGACUCAAUAGACGAAAGCGGCUGGGCGUGGUUCAUCCCGCUGCAGCACGGCCGAGUGUCCGUCGGCAUCGUCAUGGACGGCAAGAUUAGCGCAGCCAAGAAAGCGGGGCACACGCUGCAGGAGCACUACCUCGCGCAGUUCCAGUUCGUCCCGAAACUGCGGCAGCUGCUCGGCGCGGCCAAGCUGGCCGUCGACGCAUCGGGGCAGAUCCCCCCGGUCAAAUCCGCUAGCGACUUCAGCUACACGGCCACGCGGUAUUCGGGCGACCAUUUUCGGCUCGUCGGCGACGCCAGUGCGUUUAUCGACCCGUUCUUCUCCUCGGGCGUGCACCUCGCUGUGUCAGGCGGCCUGACAGCUGCGGUGACCAUCGCGGCGUCCAUCCGGGGCCACUGCACAGAGGAGGAAGCGGGCAACUUCCACCACCACAAGGUCGCCGUCUCGUACACCAGGUUCUUCCUGACGGUCUCGGGAGCGUACAAGCAGAUUCGGAACCAGCAGGUCCCGGUCCUGAGCGACAUCGACGAGGGCAACUUCGACCGCGCAUUCGACCUCAUCCGGCCCGUGAUACAAGGCAGCGCGGACGCCGGCCGGUUGCUCACCGAGGACGAGCUGCAAAAGGCCAUGGACUUUGUGUCGCACAUAUUCACGCCGACCGACCCGGAGAUGAUGCACGCCGUGGGCACGAAGCUGCAGAUGGACGUCCUCGCGCCGGGCGCGCCGAUCUUCACGCCUGCGCAGAUCGCGGCGCUCGCGGACGGGGACGAGGACACCGCGAAGGUGCUGAACCAGGCGAACGCGACGAAGGCGGUGUACGACUUUUACACCGGGCCCGAUCGGCUGCUGGGCGAGAUGGUGGACGGGUUCAUCGGGUGCACGAGGGUGGGCAGUGUGGGCCUCGUGCGCGUCAGUGAGGGCAGCCGCAAGCCGAGAGAGGAGGAGGUGAGAGGUGUCAAGCGGGAGCACACCAUGCAUGCGCAGCUCGCACCGGAGCCGCAGGUUGCGCAGGUCAGGCGGAAGUAGCGUGCGUUUCGCGGUCACCUGCUCAGUCACAUGUUAGAGAUGUCCGAUGACAUCAUCUCCAUAUUUGUAUUAUUUAAUUAACUUUUCCCCUGUACUCCUGUGUUGCGGGCAAUGCGCUACCGCAGGUACACGUUUCAG